AUUAAUACAGUUCGAAAUAUAGAAACUUAUAUUGGAAGAGCAGAGAGUGGUAGAAAGUAGAAACCCAAACCGGCGUUUAUUUGUCAAAAAUCCGUCGGGAAAUCAUAGAUCCAUCCAUCCAUUUCUCUGAUCACGCAAUUGAUGGCAAAUCCGUUGCGAUUGUACUUAACCUGUAUUCGCAACACUCUGGAGGCCGCCAUGUGCUUGCAGAAUUUCCCCUGUCAGGAAGUUGAAAGGCACAACAAACCGGAAGUUGAACUCAAGACCAGUCCAGAGCUUCUUAUGAAUCCUGUUACGAUCUGUAGAAAUGAGGCUGAGAAAUGCUUGAUAGAAACAUCUAUAAAUUCAUUGCGCAUAAGCCUUAAGGUUAAGCAGGCAGAUGAACUUGAGAACAUACUGACAAAGAAGUUCCUUAGAUUUUUGUCUAUGAGAGCGGAGGCAUUUCAAGUAUUGAGGAGAAAACCAGUUCAGGGUUAUGACAUAAGUUUUCUCAUUACCAAUUAUCACUGCGAGGAGAUGCAGAAGCAGAAGCUGAUAGAUUUUAUUGUUCAGUUCAUGGAGGAUAUUGAUAAAGAGAUAAGUGAACUGAAGUUAUCUGUGAACACACGAGGGAGGCUUGUUGCUACGGAGUUCCUGAAGCAAUUCGUCUGAUAACAAUCCACUUCUAUGAGUGGAUGCCCCCCCCUUGAGACAAAUAUGGUAGAACAAUGGACAAUUUGGUAAAUGUAGGUCUACAGAGAAUCGAUGCAAGGACUAAUAGGUAAGUGUUGAACGUUAGACUCUAUGACUUGUGUAAAUUGGAAACAUUGUGGUGCAUAUCUUUGAUUUUUCAUGAACUCAACUGAAGUUUUGUAGGAGUUUGGAAUAUAAGAGGACUUUCGAUGCUGUUUUGACGGUUGCCCUUUUCUUUUCCUGUGAAAUGUUCUGAGAGCACGUCGAUCAGGUUAGCUCAAUAAGAAACGGAAAUAGCACUCGCAUUUGUGGGUACCGUCGAACGCAAACCCCAUAGGGAUGGUUUCGAGCAUAAUAAGGAUUGUGACUUGGUAGAUGAUGUUGAUAUUACUACACAAAAUUUAACGAUCUACUACUUUCAGUUACCAA